UUGAAAUAAGAAGCAAAGGUGAUAGCCACCCUUAACAAACGAAUGUUUUACUUGGUGGUUACCGCAGUGAUAACGUUGUAAGUGAAAGUUGUGGACGCAGCUGUGAAGAAUUCUUGUAAGAAGUUUACUUGUGGUCUUGCCUCUGGUGCCAUGAACGGACAGAUUUCAAGCAUGUGUUUUCAAGCAUGUGUCCAAAUCUUGAUAGCUCUUCUGAUGACAACUGUUCCAGUUGUUCAGAGUGGGAAGGUUCUUGUCUUUCCUGUGGAUGGCAGCCACUGGGUCCACAUGACCAUCUUGAUUGAGGCGCUUCAUGCCAAAGGUCACAAUAUUACUGUCAUCCGGAUGGUGGACAGUUGGUACAUUAAAGAAUUUUCACCUCACUACACAUCGAUCACUCUGAAGUCUCCAGGGGGGUUUGAUGAAGAAUUCUUUGAGAAAUUUGCAUCCAGACUUAUGCAAAUUCAGAGGGAUGGUUCCACCUGGGCUCGUCUGAAACUAGAGAUAGAAAUGUGGGAAAGUACAUCUGAGAUGACUAAAACAGAAAGUAACAUGAUAAGCAGUAUGAUGGAAGACCAGCAGCUAAUGCAGUUCCUCAAAGAGGCCAAAUAUAAUUUGAUCCUCACAGAUCCACUCUUUUUUGGAGGUAUUAUUUUGGGGCACUAUCUGAAACUGCCAAUUGUCUACAAUGUCCGCUGGACAAUGUAUAGUGAAGCUCAUUUUGCGAUAGCUCCUUCGCCACUUUCUUAUGUUCCUUUUCCAAUGGUAGAGUUGUCUGACCGCAUGAGUUUCUUUGAAAGACUGAAAAAUGUUGUGAUGUACACUGUAGCUGAAGCAAUGGGUGCUUUUCUGUUUGCACCAUAUUAUAAUGCACUUUGCGAACGGUUCAUUGGCCCAGGAGUAUCAUUCCUCACCUUAGUUCAGAGUGCUGAUCUGUGGCUCCAUAGAGUUGACUUUAUUUUUGAAUUCCCACGUCCCACUAUGCCAAACAUUGUCUACAUGGGAGGUUUCCAGUGCAAACCGUCAAAGCCUCUUUCACAAGAUCUUGAAGACUUUGUGCAGAGCUCUGGUGACCAUGGAGUCAUCCUCAUGUCUCUGGGCACUCUCAUUGGUCAGCUUCCUGAUGAUGUGGCUGAGGCAAUUGCUGAAGCUUUUGCAGAACUUCCACAGAAGGUCAUCUGGAGGUACAAAGGAAAAAGACCAUCUGCACUUGGGAACAACACCUUAAUGAUGGACUGGAUACCUCAGAAUGAUCUUAUGGGUCAUCCUAAGACCAGAGCAUUUGUGGCACAUGGUGGAACAAAUGGAGUUCAAGAAGCCAUCUACCAUGGAGUACCAAUCAUUGGAUUUGGGUUGAUCUUUGAUCAGCCAGACAAUCUUGCAAAGAUGAGAGUAAAGGGAGUAGCAAAAAUUGUAGACUUUGCCACAGUGGAUAAGGACUCUUUCCUUAAAACUGUUAAAGAUGUCCUUUAUGAGCCCUCUUAUCGAGAGAACAUGCAGAGACUCUCAAGGCUUCACAAGGAUGUUCCAGUGAAGCCUUUGGACAAUGCCAUCUUCUGGAUUGAAUUUGUUAUGAGGCACAAAGGUGCAGCUCACCUUCAAACAGAGUCGUACAAAAUGCCCUGGUACACUUAUCACUCUGUCGACGUGAUACUGUUCCUACUUUCUGCUCUAUCACUCAUAGUCCUGACCACAUAUGAAGUUAUUAGGUAUUUGUGCUGCAGAAUGUGUGUGAGAAAACAAAAAACAAGCUAGAAUGAUUUUAUUUUUAUUAAAUAAAUGCAAUAUUUGUAUUUACUUCAGUCCAUUUCAGUCUGUGGUGCAUUGUGGAGCAUUUUCUGUUUACGGUAAGCAUAGGAUUAUACUGUCUUUUCUGUUUCAUGCUCAUGGAGAGAAUAGAUGUAAUUUACAUAUGACAUUAUUCAUACAUGUUUGCCUGUUAACUGAAAUUCAAGUCCGUCACAUUAUGUGUUCAU